AUGUGGCCGAAAACGGUCAGUGGAGUUGGAUUAAUGGACACAAUGCAACAUUCAGUCGAUGGGCAGUGGGUAAGAUAUCCAAAAAGUGAACCAAACGCAUUGUGCGUUGCAAUGAAUACGAUGACCGGAUUCUGGCAGAAUAAAGAUUGCGCGAAUCGAUUGCCGUUCUUUUGCAGUAUUGAUUCGAUUUCAUUUCCGCGCGGUGGAAACGCUACAAGACGUUACGAAGGCUUGUUAGAAGCAACUACAAAAAAAACUGAUGAUUUAUUGGAUGAGUUGUCCGCUCUGGAUCGUGCAAAUCGGAAUGAAACCAAAUAA